CUAUCAGACAGAAUACUGACAACCACUGACAACGUAUUCGGCAACUUCGGCAAAAGAAGGUGUAUGUAAUUUAUUAUCACGUGUGAUUUAUUAUUGUAUCGAAAUGGAACUGAAGUUCUUAGAAAGAUUAAGAAACCUGGGAUAUAAUGGAGAGCUGACAGAGCCUAAUAAAUUUAGAGAGGCCUUGAAACAAGGCCCAAAGUCACCUGAAUUUACAAAGCUCGUGACAUGGUUAGCAGAUGAACUCUCAGUACUGAAUGAUAUGGAUGAAUCUGUUCAUGCGAUAGCUUCACCGGAAGACUCUAGUUCAUUUCUGUUAGAAUUAAGCUGUUUUCUUAAGGAAUUAGGAUGUGUUAAUGAGACAUUAAUGACUGGUAAUGUUAAUGAACGAUUAGCAAAUGAACAAGAUAGAUAUAUCUUGCUAGACUUUUUGGGAGCAGAAUUAAAAACAUGCAGACUGUUAGAAUUUAGAAAACAUAAAACACAAAUCCCCACAGCUGUUCUUAUUGAAGAGAGUGACACAGCCAAGGAUCUCAAAGAUAUGUUAGUAGCAUUAAAUUUUGAGAAGCCACCAGAUGAUAUCACUCCUGAGAAACUUUUUUCAAGACUGACUACCAAAUUGUCCGAAGUACUGAAAAUAGUUCCUCCUGCACUUGUAGGGCAACCAUUGCUUACUCAUGAAUUCUCAGAGGGAGACUGGAAAGAACUCGAACACGUACAACAGGAGUUGCAUGACGAGUAUAAAAUGCGUCGUAACAUGUUGAUAAGAAGAUUAGAUGUAACAGUGCAAUCCUUUCUGUGGUCAGACAGAAUAAAAUCUCGAGACACUGAAAUACAUAAACUAUACGGACACGCCCGAAAAAAAUCCUUAACUGCCGAACCAAAUAUAACGAUUGCAGAUCUACUAGCUGCAAGAGAAGAUGUAGCAUUAAUGGAAAAAACAAGCAGUGCAAACGUUAGAAAAAAUACUCGAAGCGAAGUUAACAAAGUUAUUAUAGGCGAAGUACCAGAUAGAGGUGGAAGGCCGUAUGAACAGGAACCACCACCACCUGAAAUGCCACCGUGGCAGAAAGAUAGGGUACCAGGACCUUCAACUUCUGGUGGAGGUCGAGGAGGUGGUAGAGGUGGAGGAGCAAGAGGCGGAAAUAGAGGGGGAGGAGGAGGAGGCGGCGGUGGUGGUGGUGGUCGUGGAGGAGGUAGCAGUUUCCAAAACUACUCUAAUGACAAUAGAAGUUCAUAUGGUAGUAACAGUGGUUACGGAGAUGGAUAUCAAGGUGCCAAUUACUCUUCUAAUACUGGAUAUGGUGGAGAACACGGUGGUAGUUAUGGAGGAGGCCAAGGUGGUGGCUAUGGAGGAGGCCAGGGUGGUGGCUAUGGAGGAGGCCAAGGUGGUGGCUAUGGAGGAGGCCAGGGUGGUGGCUAUGGAGGAGGCCAGGGUGGUGGCUAUGGAGGAGGCCAGGGAGGAGGCUACGUAGAUAAUCAAGCAGGAGGAUAUGGGGGAAAUAAAGGAGGAGGCUAUGGAGGAGGUCAAGGAGGAGGCUAUGGAGGAGGUCAAGGAGGAGGCUAUGGAGGAGGUCAAGGAGGAGGAUACAACAGCAAUAACAGUUACAGUGGACAACAAUAUCAAAGAGGAGGUUCCAGUAGUAGAGGAAGAGGAGGUAGAGUGCAAGGAGGAUGGAAUCAAGGGGGAUAUAAUCGUGGUGGAGGUCGUGGAGGACGACAAUACUGAAAUUUUUUUAUGUAAUACAUAUAUGCAUGAUAACAUUAAAAGAAUUCACAUCACAAAGCAUAAUAACUAAUUUUAGCGAAUAAAUAUUUAACAAGAAGUAUGCCUCACGUUGUGUUAUAGAAUGUUAUUUGAAGUAUGUAUAUAAAACGAUAUUUUUUUAUGCUUUAAUUACGUGAGUAGGAUGUACUUUGUAAUAUUUUUCAAUAUUGAAAAUGUUCUUUCUUUCUGGCUACACACAUGUUGUUGAAGUGUUUAACACCUUUGUCGAAAUCAAUCAUAAAAGUGAUGUAAAAUAGAAAGAAAUAUAAAACUCUUUAAAUAUGAUUA